CUUCUCUGUAAUUAAGCUGCGGUAUGAGGUUUUUGUGUCCGAUCGGACUAGAAUUAGUGUCGUAUCUGCGUUAUUAUAUGGUGCAUGCGUUUUGGCUGUGGUGCUUUGAUAUUCAGCGCGUCUUUUCUUCCGAAGCAAAUUCAUGAGAUAAAGGACUUCCUUCUAACUGCUAGAAGAAAGGAUGCGCGCUCGGUGAAGAUCAAGAGGAGUAAAGAUGUGGUUAAGUUCAAGGUCAGGUGCUCAAAGUACCUUUACACCCUUUCGGUCUUUGAUCAGGAGAAGGCUGACAAAUUGAAGCAGUCCCUCCCACCAGAUGGGAAACUGCUGUUUCAGCUCUUGCAUAUACUUACUUAGUUUUCCAGGUUUGAGCGUGCAAGACUUGUGAGCCAGCUGGGAUUUGGCACCAAAUGUAGAACUGAAUUGUUUUGGUUUAAAUUGUUCCAGGAGUCUGGUUGAAGUACUACUGUUCUUAGGAGAAUUUUUUUUUUUAAAAAAAAAUAAUAAUAAUUAAACGUCCGAAACUGUUGUAAAAUGUGUUGGCAAGUCAUUCAGUCUCUCUCGGCA